AACCAUGGCCCUCUUCUGGAAUAGCCUCCGGAGCUCCUUUAACUUUUACGUUUCCCUUCCAUCCCAACAAACAUUGGAUUGGGUUCAACUGUGUCACUUUUUAUGUUAUCAUGUCUGGUUCUAUCGUUAGUGCAUCAUUAUCUCAAAUGGCCCUCCAUUUUUCGUGGAAGUUAAGGAAUGAAAUUAUGUAUUUGACAAAUGAUGCAGAGAAAGUGAAUUGUGACUUAGAGAGUCUCGAGGAAACGAAUAUUGAACAUAUGGAAAGCGGAGAAGGAAAUAAAGAUAUUCGAAAUAUUGUUAGUUGA